GAACAACACAUUGUUGAGCGUACGCUCAGCUGAUUGCGAUUUGCUUCGUCAACUUGCCGCGGAUCAGUAGUUAUCAUGCCAGCAUGGCAUUGUGCGUGGCGUUUCAGAGCCGUUUCACGCAAGAUCGACGGCCUCAAGAAGUCAACGCCAGCACGAUGGAACCGGAACAACACGGUGGGUUCAACGUGAUAGCAGCCCCUGACAAGAAGACCCGGGAGCACCAAGCCAUGGAGUUGUACCAAAAGGGCAUCGAAAUGGCCCAUGGGGCCACUUGCACCGACGACCACGUCCGCGCGAUCGAAUUCUUCAGCAUGGCGAUGUCUAUACGACCCAACCACGCCCGCUACUUUCUCGCUCGCGGCAACAGUUUGCGGGCGAUCAACGAGCACGAAAGCGCCAUCCACGAUUUCGACAUGGCCAUUGACCUUGACAGCACUUGCGCAUCGUACUAUGCUACUCGCGGCACGUGCCAUCGCAAGCUGGGGAUGCCUGCAGACGCCCUGGUGGAUUUUACGCUUGCCAUUGAAUUGGACGUGAAAAAGGGCAGCCAUUACUUUAAUCGAGCGCUUGUGCUCUACGACGCUGGGUAUUAUGCGGAUGCGAUCGUGGAUUUCACCAAAUCCCUCGAAGAUGCGUCAUCCACAAGUACAGGUACCGCCGCGGCGGGUCGAAUUGAGUUCCGCGCUUUACAUAGCCGCAGCAACUGCCACCGCCGCAUGGGAAACCUCCAAUCAUGUGUGGACGAUAUGCUCCAAGCGAUCCAGUUGGAGCCACGCAAUCCCGUGGGCUACAAUGCAUUGGCACAAUGUUACAUGGAGUUUGGAGACAUUGACAGCGCCAUCAAGCAGUUCACAGCCGCCGUGAACCUCCAAGAUACCAUCCCCGCGUACUUGAACAACCGUGGCCAAGCUCUCUUCCGCAAGGGCCACGAGUCGUUUCGAGCAGCGCUGAUCGACUUCAACGCGGCCGUAAAGCUGGACGGGAAGGACGCCCAGGCGUACUAUAACCGGGGCCUCGCUCGGUUGGCGAUUGCUUUUCUGGACAUUGAGAAGCGCGACGACGUGGAAUUCGCCGCCGCCGCCAAGGAACUCGCGGUGGACGUGGGCGAUUCCGACGACGAAGCCAAACCCACGUCUCCGAGUUCACGGGCGUUCAAGGCGGCUCCGUCAAAGCCACCAACACUCGUAUCCCAACCAAUCCCACCGUCCAAGGACAAAUCGGAUGGCGGAGACGACCACGAGUACAACGCAGACAAUUCGUCCACGACCACCGGCAUCAUGAGCAUCGACGAGCAGCUGGACGCCGCCAUCGCCGACUUGGACAUGGCGUGCUCCCUCGAGCCUGCCAACACACGAUAUCUGUACGGCAAAGCCAUGGUCGUGCACCUGACCCACCGCCACGACGAGCAGGACGGAGCCACCGACACCCUCGCGGUGCUGCAGGCCGCGCUAGACGUGGACCCGCACCAUGUCGCCUCGCGGUAUCAUCGUGGGUUGCUGUAUCAUCAGCAAAAGGACUACGAACGAGCCAUCGAAGAACUCACGGCGGUGAUCGCGCAAGUCCCCAAUGAAUCGCGGUUCCUGGAAGCCCGGGGUUUGGUGUUUCAGGACAUUCACCUCCACGAUUUGGCUAUUGAGGACUUUACACGGGCGCUGGCAGCCCAUCCGUCGCCGCCCCCGCCAUACUAUCUGUACCAUCGAGGUGAAAGCCUCCUCCGGCUGAACCAGUUCCAACAGGCCGUGGACGACUUGACUGCCGCCAUGGCUCUUGGCGGGGAGACUGCCGCCGUCCUGAACGCAAGAGGCCUUGCCCACAAGGCACUCGGUAUGUACGAUGCCGCCAUUGCCGACUUUACGCAUUGCAUUGACGUGAACAAACGCACGGCUGUGUUUCGACUGCAUCGCGCGCAGUGCUACAUGGACACAACCCAGUUUGAGGCCGCUCAUGGCGAUUUGAAGGUGGCCCUUCGACUGGCCCCCAAUGACCCCAGGUACAGUAAGUACAUGGUCUAACUAGUAAUUGCUGUACUUUGCAGGGCUGGCACUGUUUCAACUGAAAUCGUACCACGAGUCGUUGGCAAAGUUGACGUUGGCUCUGAAAUAUACUCCUCCAGAGUCGUACCUGUGUGACCUGUACUAUCAUAUUGGAUUGGGUCACGCGAAUGUGAAUGCGCACAUGCUCGCCGUGGAAGCCUUCACGUGGGCAAUUGAUCGGGUACGCCUUGCAACAAGAAUUAGAGUCUCGAGUGACUUGGAUUACGGUCGAUAGACUACACAGCGGCAAGACAAAAUCAAAUACUUGCACGAACGAGCCAAAGCCCUUCAAAUGGAAGCGUACUACAACGAGGUACGCCAGUUGACUCGUUUGGGAUAACCUCGGCAUACAUUGAUAUAUGGGCUACAGGCAAUUGCCGACUUUACCCAAGUUAUAUUGCACAACCCGACCAACGCCCACGCGCAUUUCCGGCGCGCGUUCGCGUACAAAGGCGUGGGGCUCCUCCAGGAAUCCGCCGCGGACAUUGAAACCGCCAAGUUGCUAGACCCGACGAACCCUCGACUCAUGGUCAACUACAAGACCCUCCACGACACUGAAUGCAUCAUCCUUUGCGCUCCAGGGCACGAAGUCGAGUACUAACGCUGCCACGUCAUGUCGUUCGUCCAGUUCGAAAGGGCGUGAGCCAAUCACCGGCCGCGCAGCUUGGUCCGGAUGGGGCAAAGCAUCGUACAGCCAAUCAGAUUCGUACUCAUAAAAUAGAAAGGAGAGGCCGGAUAUUUAUCCGGUCAACGUAAAAAUCUAGAAGGACGGACCGUU